CCAGGACGCGCGUUCGUCCUCACUGAGUAGCGCAGGAGCAUGAGCUCCGUGUAGGUCCUGGACCCGCUCGCUGUGAACGACAGAUUCGGUCAUGCCGAUGAAAGGGAGGUUCCCCAUACGGAGGACGCUGGAGUAUCUCCAGAAGGGCGAGAUCGUCUUCAAAAGCUCCGUCAAGAUCAUGACUGUGAACUAUAACACUCACGGAGAGCCGAGCGAGGGAGCAAGGAAAUUUGUUUUCUUCAAAAUUCCACAAGUCCAGUACAAAAAUCCCUGGGUUCAAAUAAUGAUGUUUAAAAACAUGACACCGUCUCCUUUCCUCCGGUUCUACCUGGAUGACGGCGAGCAGGUGCUGGUGGACGUGGAAGGAAAGGACUAUAAAGACAUAACGCAGCAUGUGAAGAAGAUUCUGGGCAAAUCGGAUAAAGUUCUGCAGGCAGAAGCUUUGGCCAAGAUGGAGGCUUCAAACCCAGCGAACUUCGGACCCAAGAAGUACUUCUUGAGGGAGUGUAUCAGCGAAGUGGAGGGUCAGGUUCCUCACCCGGGCCGCGUCCCCUUGCCAAAAGAGAUGACCGGCAAAUACAGGACCAAACUGGCCGCUAGCUCUGAGGACUAAGGACCACAGGGGGGGCUUUGGGCAGCGAGAUAUAAUCGGGAAGAGCGAACUGUUUCAUGCCUCAAGCUUUCCUGGUCUUCAAUGCCUGAAUGGACUGCAUUCACCUCUCAGUUCUUUGUCGAAGUUUAGAAGAAGGAUUGAUGGAAUAACUACAACCAUGCCAUGUUUGUCUUUUUCAUUUGUAAUAUUAAAAAUAAAGAAAACGAUUGAA